AUGCCUGUGCCAGAUCCAGGGGCUGGGCGAGUAUUCAUCUUUCUCAUAACCUUAUUUCUGUUCCUAUCAAUAGCUGUCGGAGGAGGUUGUUUAAUUGCAUACACAAUCCUCCCUUACCCUCCAGCUUGGCUCUCUUACCUCGGCAUUUUCUUUGUUUGUCUCCCUUGGUCCUUUUGGAUCAUAACCUUUGCCUACCGUAUCCUCUCCCGCACUUUUGGAUUUAGGAUGGUCAUUGGAUCCGGUGGUAACAACAGCACCGCGAAUGUAGAGCCAACGCCGCGGGAUGUUGAUCCUCCAGAGCAAUCUUUAGAACCUCCUGGUGAUGAUCCUGAGGCGAUAGCUCACCCACAAGGGCAAGUUGAAGGGAACCAAUCGAAGAAACGAAUGUCAACCUCCAGCAGUUCUGUCGGUUCACAUGAAAGUGAGUUGCCACUAGCCAUUUCUAUGGGUUCUUGA